AUGCACCGCUCCCGACGACGCGCGAGCGAGCGAGAGGCGCGAAAACGCCCGGGGGCGUCGCGGCGCGCGAACGCGGACGACGGCGUCGUGGACGUGGUGGCGGACGCGUCCACGUCGAGUGGGUCGGAGGACGCCGGUGGCGACGACGCCGUGGUGUCCGCGCGCGUGAUCGAGCGCGCGCGACGCGAGGGGGCGGUGACGAAGGAGGGGAAGACGCCGCCCAGGCGUACGUCGAAGAAAGCGUCGGCGGCGGCGAGCGAGGGGUCGUUUUUGUCGAAGAUUUCAUGGGCGCACAUAUUCUUCUUGGCGCUCUUCACGCUGCCGACGGCGUUCAUGGUCGUCGAUUACUUGUUCGGGAUCACGCCGCCGGACGGGCAGGCGUACGGGACGCUCACGCCCGAGGGGAAGUUUUAUCGCGAGAAGAUCAACGCGUUUUAUUCGGAGUAUAACCCGGAGAAAUUAAAAUCGGUGGACGGUUUAUUGAUGAAACAUCGCGGCAAGGAGAGAGCGUUGUACAACACCAUUCGGAGGAAGUACAAAAUGGCGGGUGCGAAGCGCGUGGAUCAGCGAUACGAUGAGGAUUAG